CAGUUGGUGUGGUGCGUAUGCUGCUCCGAUCACUUGCUGUGCCUGUGCACAGUAAAAAUACUAGUGUGAUCAGUUUAUGGUCCUCAGCAGAUACCAUAUUUGUAACGUCCUCUGAUCAGCUACAACUAAAUUUAUUAUAGUUGGACAGAAUAUGCAAGGAAUAGAUAUGUAUGAAAAUCCAAAACCUAAGAAAUACUGUAUCAGAGGAUUACAUGUGGCCAUCAUUGUAGGGUCAGUGGUAGUGGUAGGGUUAGCAGUGGGACUGGGAGUUGGUCUUACUUAUCCAAGUCCAUGUAAGACUAAUGAGGGUGAGGUGACAACCACAGUGCCUACAAGUACUUCUUUAUCUCCAUCUCAACCAGACCAGGAGUUUUGUCCUGCCAAAAAUGACAACUCUGGAGAGUGGAAGGAAUUCAGACUGCCAAUUUACAUCAACCCUGUACACUAUGACCUGGAGCUGCAGCCCUUCUUGGAUAAAGACACCUACAGUGGUAGUGUGACUAUCCAUAUCAAUGUAAGUGCAGCGACCAAGCACCUGUGGCUCCAUAUUCGAGAGACCAAGUUAACUGGACAGCCGAAGCUGAGAAAAGCCAGCACCAACCAAGAAAUCCUUGUCAGCGACUGUUUCCAGUAUACGCUCCAUGAGUAUGUAGUCUUUGAGUCAAGUGAAGAACUGAAACCUGAAACCUAUCUCUUGACCUUGCAAUUUGCAGGACCUCUCAAUGGCUCUCUGGUGGGAUUUUAUAGGACAACCUACGUGGAAAAAGGAAUUAUCAAGAGUAUCGCAGCUGCGGACCAUGAACCGACUGAUGCACGGAAGUCCUUCCCUUGCUUUGAUGAACCCAACAAAAAAGCAACAUAUAACAUAACCAUCAUUCAUGAGAAAGAGUAUAAUGCAUUGUCAAAUAUGCCAAUACAGGCGACUGAGGACCUUGGAAACGGAUGGAUCAAAACCGUGUUUAUGAAAUCAGUUCCCAUGAGCACCUAUUUGGUGUGUUUUGCAGUACAUCAGUUCACAUAUUUAGAAGAAAUAUCGAAACGGGGGAUUCCUCUAAGAAUUUAUGUACAACCCGAACAGAAACAUACCGCUGAAUAUGCUGCUAAUGUCACUAAAAUUAUCUUUGACUUUUUUGAAGAUUAUUUCAACAUGUCCUAUUCAUUACCAAAGUUGGAUCAAAUAGCAAUACCUGAUUUUGGCACUGGAGCAAUGGAGAACUGGGGACUGAUCACAUAUCGUGAAAACAAUCUUCUUUAUGAUCCUAAUGAAUCUGCCACUAUAAAUAAACAGAGAGUAGCAGCUGUAAUUGCUCAUGAACUCACACAUCAGUGGUUUGGAAAUAUUGUGACAAUGGACUGGUGGGACGACUUGUGGCUGAAUGAAGGAUUUGCCAGCUUUUUUGAAUAUUUUGGUGUGAAUAAAGCUGAACCCUCUUGGAACAUGCUUGAUCAGAUUCUAAUUGAUGACUUGUUACCUGUGAUGAAGGAUGACGCUUUACUGUCCUCUCAUCCAAUAAUUGUUACUGUUUCAACCCCUGCUGAAAUCACAUCGGUUUUUGAUGCCAUAUCCUACAAUAAGGGUGCAUCGAUUUUGAGAAUGCUUGAAGAGUGGAUUACUCCUGAAAAAUUUAAAAUAGGGUGUCAGAAUUACCUAAAAAAGUAUGAAUACAUGAAUGCUAAAACAGAUGAUUUCUGGGGUUCUCUGGCAGAGGCAAGUAAUGAACCAGUGAAAGAAGUGAUGGAUACCUGGACUAGACAGAUGGGCUAUCCUGUCCUGAAUGUGGACUCGAGCUCGACCACUGUAAUACAGAGACGCUUUCUCUUGGACUCAACAGCCAAUGAAGCUGAACCACCCUCUGAAUUCAACUAUUUGUGGAAUAUCCCAGUAACAUUCUAUGGAACUGCCAAUAGCGGCACUACACAUACCAUAUUGUACAACAAGUCUGUAUCUGCAGGAUUAGAGUUGAAGCCACAUGACCCUCUUAAUGAUGGAUUCUUGAAAAUAAAUAAAAAGCACUUUGGGUUUUUCCGGGUAAAUUAUGCCACUCACAAUUGGAAUGAACUGUCUAAUUUAUUACUGUCCAACCAUACGAUUUUUUCUGAAGGAGAUCGAGCAGGUAUAAUUGAUGAUGGUUUUGCUUUGGCAAGUGCUGAGAAGCUGGACUAUAACAUCACUUUAGACUUAACAAAAUACCUUAAGAAAGAAGAAAAUUAUCUACCAUGGCAAAGGGCGUACUCAGGAUUAUCGUACCUAGAUAACAUGCUGGAGAGCUUUGACGAUAUCUACCCAAAAUUUCAGGAAUAUUUCCGUACGCAAGUUAAGCCAAUUAGCAAUAAACUCGGAUGGAGUGAUAUUGGCACUGAUAUAGAUAAACUUCUACGAGCUUCUGUUCUGACACUUGCAUGCAGAAUGAAAGACAGAGAUGCCCUCAAUGAAGCAUCUAAACAGUUUCAGGAUUGGUUGCAUGGAGAAAGCAUCCCAGUGAACCUGAGACAGUUGGUGUAUCGUUAUGGAAUGAUGGAAUCUGGUAAUGCUACAUCUUGGGACUACAUGUUUACGCAAUACCAAAAUACAACUUUAGCUCAGGAAAAAGAUAAACUUCUUCAGGGACUUGCAUCCAUAAAUGAUAUAACACUUAUAGACAGAUUCCUCUCAUACUUAUACAAUACCACCCUUAUAAAAAGUCAAGAUACACUGAAUGUUAUAUAUUACAUAGCCGUAAACAGCAAACAUGGCAAACAAAUGGCUUGGGACUGGGUCCGAAUUAACUGGGAUUACUUAGUAAGCAGAUACACUAUUAAUGACAGGAACCUUGGGCGCAUUGUCACAAGAAUAUCAGGAACAUUUAAUACACCUGUACAAUUGUGGCAGAUGGAGAAUUUCUUUGCGAGAUAUCCCAACGCUGGUGCAGGAGAGACCCCCAGGAAACAGGCACUUGAAACUGUGAAUAACAAUAUUGCAUGGAUUGAGAUGAACAAAGAUGGGAUAAAGUCUUGGCUGGAUGCAUAUUUUACUCCUUAGUAAUAAUAGUCCCACGGAAAAAACCACAAAAUGUAGGAAAUUCAGGGAGAAAAUGACAUUCCUGAAAUGCAUCUGUUGCGUAAUUCUCUUUAUUGGGGGUUUAUUCCUUAAACAGUAAAACAAAAAAAAAUUUCUACAUUGACUGGGAUGAAGAUUUAUUACCAGCUCAACUAAUUUGGCCAAAACUCAGCAUUUUGUGAAUAAAACCUUUUGUCUGAAAUUUGUAAAGAUGUAUAUUUUUAUUAGCAAUGGAAAUAUUCUUCACUAUUCUAAGUUAUGUCUAUUGAUCAUGAUCUAUAUGAAAUAAGAUUGUAUACCACAAAAAUGUUUUUAUUUGAUUGUCUAUAAAUUAUCAUUUAUUUAUCAUAGUUAAAUGCAGCAAGCAUUUUGAAACACACCUGGUAAAAAGUUGCCAGGUCUGUUUUCAUUUCCCAUCAUCUGCCCUAAAGAUGCUGCUGUCACUCACUAUGAGGUCACGCCUAUGAUGCAUGAAACCCCCGAAUUUCACAAUUAUGAAGGGGUUUGUGCUCUUCAUCACACAUUGAUAUGAAAAUAAUCGCACUUGUGUACAUUUACUUGUAUUGCAUCAUGUUUGCCAUUUUGUGAAAAAUAACACAUGCAAAACAAAGUUUUCAGAGUAAUAUCUGGUCAAUAAAAGCACCGUCUUCUUUAA